UCUGUUUACAAAGUUAGUAUAAUAAAAGAGCCACGAUAACUAUAUACUUGGAAAUUAUUACUCAAUCCAGAAAUAUUCGAAAUAUAAACGAAUUGAAAAAAUUUUUGAAGAAAAUAAUACGUUGCAAAUGCGAAAAAUUAAAGAAAAAGAGAAACUAAAAAAGGAAAUAAAAAAAUUAAAAUUUCUGCAUUCAGAAAUGAAAAAAAAAUGUGAGAUUUAUAAAAAUGAGAAAAAAAUUUUAAAUGAAAUUGAUUACAAAAAUAUUUUUGAUACAUGUGAUGAUUGGACAUAUGAUUUAUACAAAUAUUUUGGUUUAGUUUGUACAAAAACUAUUUCUAAUAGGGAAUGUAUAUUUGAAUUUAAAUCUUUUAAAGAGAAUUCAAAUGAUAAAACAUAUUUUAUUCAAAUGUUACUCAAAGAGAAAGAAAUCAAAUUGGGAUUCUGGAAAAUGCCAAUUUUAUUAGACAUAAAAGAUAUUUUUCUAAUAAAGCCAAUAAAUGAUUUAAAUCAAUUUGGAAAUUGUUUGUUGUUGUAUAAACAUUAUCUUUAUUGUCAACAAAAUCGUCAAAAUCAAUUCAAAGAGUUAAAGAUUUAUGUCGAUAAAUUAAACAGUUGUUAUCUCCAAUCAAAUUCGGAAAUUUACACUUACGUUGAGUUACAAAUUUUUCAUUUACAAGAACUGGAAUCUAAUAAUAUUGUAAAUAUUUCAAUUUAUAUAAUUUACGAGUUAAAUGAAAUUAGACCUUCUAAAAUCAAAAUAGAACCAAUUUAUGAAGAAGUUUUUCCUUUCGAAAUGAAACAGAAAUUAAUAAAAUUGUUUAAAGAUUUCAAACAUCUUGAAUUGAGAUUAGCCUAUGAGAAAAUAAUUAAUGAAAAAAAUGGAGAUAUUUUUCAGUGGAAUAUUGACAUCGAAUAUUUCGAUGAAAAUGUUCAAGACGAAGAAAUAAGUGUUCAAAACCAAAAUGUUGCACAGAACGAAGAAAACGCUCAAAACGAAGAAAAUGUUCAAAACAAAGAUAAUGUUCAAAAUGAAGAAAUCGUUCAAAAUCAAGAUGAAGAAAAUAAAUUCCAAGAUGUUAAUAAUAAUAAUAAUAAUAUUAAUAAUAAUAAUAAUAAUAAUAACAGUAAUAGCGAAAAUUUUCAAAAAAAGAAAAUUUCUAAAAAACAGAAGAAUUUGGCAAAAGUAAAUCAAAAGGCAAAGGAGAGUGUUAAAAAAGAGAGAAAGAAUAAAAAAUUAAUUAAUGUAGUUCAAAAAAAGAAAGGAAAGCAAACUACUCUAACUGAGACAAAAUUAAAGACAAAAAAUUCCAGUAAAUUCAAUAAAAUUUUUAAUUUGGCAAAUUUCGCUUUAAAUCAAGACACAAACAAAUCAUUAAAUAAUAAUUCAUUAACCAAAAAUUCCCAAGAUUCAAUUAAUAGUACACCAAUUCCCACUUCAAGUCAAUAUAAUUUUGAAGAUAGUGAUAUUAGCGAAAUAAAUGAAAAUAAUAAAUCACCACUGAAAAAAACAAGACUUAGUUAUUCAAGUGAUUCGGAAUUUGAUGAAGUGUUUGAAGAACCAGAUGAAAAUUUAUUAAAUGAAUUAGAACAAAUUUCAAAUGUCUUUGACAGUGUUUCAAAAAGGAAAAAACGAAACAUAAAGAGAAGUGGAAAAAAGUGAUAAAAACUCAAAAUCAAAUUUAUAAUUUAUUUGUAAUAUAUUUUUUUUUUGUUUUUGAAAAAUUAUUUAUUUAUAUCGUUUUCAAUUAUAAAAAAUAUUUUAAAAAUCAAUUUGGAAUAAUCGACGAAUUCUUAAUAAAUAGUUCACCAUUUCUCUCAAAUAUUGGACAAAGUGAAAGAA